UAAAAACAGCUGGGCUCUUACGUGCGUUCACACAGAGAAACGUGGGACUGCAAAGCAAAGGCAACACGGCAACGGAUUUAGAUAAGGAUUAUCGCUGUUAUAGUGGUUUCACAGCUAUGCAAAAUAAGAAAAUGCAAGAGGAUUAGUGACACACAUCAAGUGGAGCAAAAUAGCAAAACAGAGUGAGAAAGCGAGAUGCGGCUCGCCUCAGAGAUGAAAGAGAUGCUCAUGUUCACGAAGAGACAUUCAACCCAAGGAAAUCUCAAGCUCUGAAAUACAUUUAAUAUGCUGCAAGACUGCUGUUCUUCACUGCCGAGGGGUAGUUGCGAAAGGUUCCCCGAAGUCUUUGAGCCGUAAGAGCUCCGAGUACAUUCUGCCACAAGUACUUCUGUCAUCAAGGGGAUGUAACGCCACAGUCGAGUUUUCACUUAAUCCUCUCACAGGUAAACGGCGGGACAUUUUGCCGGAGGAAUUUUGCGCUCAAAGAGUUUUUAAACAGAAUGUGAAUAAGGUAUCACUGGUAGAGCUUGCUAGAGAAUGAAGCACCUGGAAUAGGUCUCUGCCUUUUUUUUGUUGGAACAAUGGCAGCAUGAAAUCGUAGACUCAAGGGUUUUUUUCUUCACUAACCUGGAAGGAGGGCAACAUGGCAAAGCCCUUCUACAGGCUUCAGCGCUUUUUGCGACGGACUCAGCUGCUCUUCUUGUUCCUCGGUGUCGCAUACAUUAUGGCUGGAAGCGUCCUUCUUCUGCAGAGACACGGAUUGGUGGUGUCACAGCGUGGGACGAGCAGUUACUUUCCAUUGCCGUCUUUGCCAUCUCCUCCCAGGGCCCUGGAGGCACCUGCCCUCCGGACAAGUUAUGGAAUAAUGGGCGCUCGGCUCGGCGGAAAGGGGGCGGGAUACCAAAGUGUUUUGUCCGAAGACAGUGCCGGACCACAAUGGCUGAUCUCAAGAAACCAGGAGAUCCGAUAUCUGAGACGCCGCUGGUUCCACAGCCUCAUGUCUGAACAGGAAGCAUCCAGAGUGGAGAAAGUUCUUCCGAAAAGAAAAAUCCGACACAAAGGCACGUACGUCGGCUGCUUUCUGGAUGACGCCAAAGACCGGGCGCUCAAAGGGAUGGUGUUUUACGACUUUCGCAAAAUGACCAGCACCUUGUGUCAGGACACCUGCACGGAAAGCGGGUACCAGUUUGCUGGCCUUGAAUAUGGGUCCGAGUGUUACUGUGGCAACCGCAUCACAAGCGCUCGGAUGAAAGAGGAGGAGUGUAACUUGGACUGCAAAGGCGAGAAGGGCGCCAUCUGUGGAGGUGUGUCUCGUCUGUCCGUUUACAAGGUGGAGGAGGUUCUUCCUGGCCAGCGGAGAUACAGGAACGUGCGCUACCGGGGCUGCUUCAAAAAGCCUGACAACACAACAGCAGCUUCCCUGGCUCACGCCGUCCAGCCCAACCUCACCUCCCAGUGGUGCAUCGAAACCUGCAUGGAUCAGGAGUUUCCUCUGGCCCUGGUCAGGAAGCCCGACUGUUUUUGUGGCUACUCCACCCCACGCUUCACUCUUCACGAGCCGAUGAAAGAGGAGCUGUGUGCUGUGGAAAACAGCAGUCUGCAUAUCCAAGGGUCCCAUCAGCUCUUCCUUCAGGUUUAUCAGACACCUGUUCAAGAUUCCAGAUGCACAGAGAAGAAGUUUCUACCUGAGAAGUCCAGCUCACUGGUGGCUUUGUCCAGUUUUCCUGGUGCGGGGAACACCUGGGUGAGACACCUGAUCGAGCUUGCAACAGGCUACUACACAGGCAGUUACUACUUUGAUGGCACGCUCUACAAUAGAGGCUUCAAGGGUGAGAAAGAUUACUGGAAGAGUGGAAGAACCAUCUGUGUGAAGACACAUGAGAGCGGCCAGCGGGAUAUUGAGAUGUAUGACUCAGCAAUACUGUUGAUAAGAAACCCCUACCGCUCGCUCAUGGCUGAGUUCAACCGCAAGUGCGCUGGGCAUCUUGGUUACGCUUCUGAUCAGCACUGGAAGAGCAAAGAGUGGCCUGAAUUUGUGGGUAGUUAUGCCUCCUGGUGGGCUUCUCACGUGUUGGACUGGCUGCGUUAUGGAAAGAAACUUCUGGUGGUGCAUUAUGAGCAGCUGCAGGAGUCACUGGUGCCAACAUUACAAUCCAUCACAUCCUUCCUCAAUACAAGCGUCAGUGAAGACCGUCUCCUCUGUGCCGAGUGCAACAAGGAUGGCCACUUCAAGCGCUCAGGUGCGCGACGGCCCACCUUUGACCCCUUCACCCCAGAAAUGAAACGGCUGAUUGAUGGCUACAUCAGCACUGUGGACCAGGCCCUCAGAGCCAGCAACCAUUCUGGCUUGCCAAAGGAGUAUCUCCCAAGAUGAUAAGUCCAGGACUAGAGUACAGUACUGGCUGUCUUGCUCAAGCUCCAAUGCUACAAACUCUAAUGUCCAGGAGCUACUUUUGAUACGUUAUUAUCCUCACAUAUUGAGGUUGAAAAUAAUGCCAUAUGAUGCUGGUGCACUUUGAGAUUGUCUUGUUUUAACGGCGGUCUGUGGAUCAGUCUGUGAAGGGAAACAAAGGUCAAAUUUGUUGCCAUACCAUGGUGAAUAAUUAUAAAGAUUUGAUAACUGCACACUUGAACUUGCAACUCUAGUCAGAGGCAAAAUAAGUUCUCCUUCCUCCUUUGGGAAGAAACUUGAGUGUUUAAUUACAUACUUCAACUACAAGUCAACAAGAGGCCUAAUAAACAACAGAUGUAAUUGCUUAUGAACUAAUCUGACGUGUAUUGUAGAUAAUAAUGACAUGUCUACCACAAAAACAUUUUAUUACUAUACCGUGACCGUGAUUUUUUUUUUACAUUGUAGGGACAAUUUAGACCAUUUACAAAGCUGAUAUCAUAACUGUUAGGACGAAUGUAACCACAGACACAACCACAAUCCUUUUCCAGUAAAAUAUCUUCAUUCUUAAAACAAGAUACACUUACUUUGAGAAGCAAAAUUAUUCUGUCAUCUGUUACUCGUUCCACACCUGGACGACCUUCGUUCAUCUUCAUAACAUAAAUUAAGAUAUUUUUGAUGAAAUCCGAGAGCUUUCUGACCCUGCACAGACAGCAAUGCAGUCUCAAUUUAAGAAUAUUUAGAUAUUUGUACUGUGAAACAAGUCAAAAAUACUGAGUAAGAAAAUCAUUUUUGUAGUGUAUCGAGGACAACAACAUGUCUAUGAUGGUAACAGCCCUGGCAGAUGCGAAAUGUAAUAUUACGUUGUGAAGUAGUAGAAUAACAACCAUGUUUUCCCCCUGAAACCUUCCAGAUCAACAAAAUAUGACAUGGCAAACAGACUUAGCAUACAUCAAAGUCAAACGAAUGGUGACUGUCCCCAUCCCGCUAGAUUCCUUCAGAAUGGAAUGAAAGCUUUCAGCCGGACUAGACAAGACUUGCCUUACGGAAUGAUGCUAGCCUGAUGCUAAUCCUCCCAGAGCUGAUUAGCACGCUGCCAGCAUGCUCCAGAUGUGUCUGGAUUAAGCGCUGGUGUAAUACUCUUUUGCACAUUGCCAGACUGGGAUCAGCUGCAUAUUCAGACAAUGUCACUGUAGUGCUAGUGGCGGGAGUCCCAUCGGGGGGCUGUUUCUGCGGAGUUAUUGAACAAGACACAAAAGAUCAUUCGGUUAGCAUCAUUCAGCGAAGGCUAAAUAAAAAUGUCUCACUGUUUGGGUUUGGUCCAUAAUUUAAUACCAGUGUGUAACUUUAAACAAACACUCCACCCCAUUUGUCAUUGGUCUGACUCUGAAAAAAUGAUAAUAACACCCCCAAAAUUAUAUCAAUGGUUGAGUCUGAGCUGCUGUGCUGGACUGGUUGGGAUGUUCAAAAUAAAAGAGCAAGUGCCACAGCCAGACUGUUUACACUUUUUGGUUGAAUCAACUAAGCUGGGAUGGAAGAAGGUUUUUAACACACUUAAAGGGAUAGUUCAUCCGAAAUUAAAAA